AUGUUACAGCAAAACCGGUAUGGACAUUUUGCCCGGGAAUGCAGAGUUGAAAUUGAUCGGUGCUAUAAAUGCAAUGAAUUAGGCCACAUUGCCAAAGAAUGUGGCAAAGACAUUGAUAGUGAAAAGCCACUAUCACGUGGCACGGAAGAAACUGGCAACAGUAAGACUGUGUCAAGUGCAUGCUACAAUUGCGGUAAAACGGGCCAUAUUCAGCGUGAAUGUCCAGAAGCAAGCUUAAAGUCUUGUUAUCGUUGUGGCGAAACAGGACAUAUAGCCAGAGAAUGUCCUGACGACCGCAGAGAUGACCGCAAGUGUUAUAAUUGUGGUGAAACUGGCCACAUUUCUAGAGAUUGCCCUGAGAGUGGCAAAAACUGUUACAGAUGUGGUGAACCUGACCAUCUGGCUCGAGACUGUCCAACAUCAGCCAGUACAGCUCAAUGCUAUAACUGCAAAGGAGUUGGUCACUUUGCCCGGGAUUGUAACCAGGAGGCAUAA